CACGUUUGACUCUGUUCCAUUUCUUCCAUUCCAGCCAUAACAAUGAGCCCAUCCUCCUAUAUUCUCCUCUCCUAUAGCUCCUCCCAUCAGCCUCCACUAUUGUAGAUCAGUCAGUCAGUCCCAAUUUACCUACGUUACAUAACAGUUCUGACGUUCUCGCACACGGCCACUAUGACAAUUGUGUAUUUAAUCCUCUAAGAAAACCAAUGGUCCAAACAUCACGUCUACCAUAAUCCAUUCAAACAUUAUUGAGGUUUUUACCCUUGUAGGAUGGCCAGAAUUAAGGUAACUACUGUAAAUCAAUGGAGGCCAGAGAAAAAAAGUGGUCAAAAAUCCUAGAGACACUUACACGGUUAUCAAAACGUCACACAAGGGUAAACCUACACAAAACACGAUCCUUAUUUUAAGUGUUUCUAAAAUCCCCUAUGGAAAAAAUGAAUGGGGGGAAAACGAUUGGAACCAUUUCCCUGUUUGACUGCUAGCUUUUAUGGGUAUUGUGACUAUUAGGUGAUUUCUUCCCUUCUCAGCUGUCUAUCACGGACUCCUGGUUUCAGCCAAUCGGUGUGCCCGAAUGGACAUUUGGACUCUGGCACCUCCUACUCUUGGUCAGAGUGAUCAUCAGCUGAUGAGGACGCAAAGUUUUCUAGAAAUGUUUUGUGCGUUCAUCUGCAAUAAGAAGUGAUCUUGUGUUUCUAUAUGUGUGUGUGCGCGCUAAUGUGUCCUGGUGAACUAGAGUAGAGAAUACAAUUCUGGAUAUGGACAGAUCUGCCUGGUUCUUACCGGACCGCCUGUAGUGGGUCAGGCCAAAGUAGAGUCAGCUUAAGUUACUUGCGGGUGAGGGCAUCUUCAGCCAACCGCUCAGACGGAUAAAACUAGCCGUUUUUACACCUGUUCUUUUGCAAAGAUUUCUCACAAAAACAAGCAUAUCUCUGUGAAAUGCCAAUGAAGCACUGAGCGUAUAUCAAGCUUUUUAUUUUCAAAGCCAUUUACAUUUAGCUUGUGUCAUCCUAAUUUAGUUUAGUUUGCGACCCGCGGAAAGAUCUUUGAAGACGACGACCACAAAAUGUAAAAUCCUCAAAAGAUGUUACGAGAAACCUGCAUUGCUAUGUCAACAGAGCUCGGUGCUUAUCAGAUGUAUUUGGAAACGAAAUCCGAGUUUUGGGAUAUAGUUUAAAUAAAAUGUUAGAGAAGGAGCCCACUGAACGAUUCAGAACAUGAAUAAUCAUAUUUGUCUUUGUAAAACGGGCAGAGUGGGUGGAGACGCUAUGACCUAUGUCAUUGGCCCUGUUCGAGAGCAUCAAAACGACUGCAGGUGACUGCCGACUGACUCAUCUACAAAUCCCUUUUCAUCAUAAAUAACGACUCAUUAUUAUUUGUAGGUCAGUCACAGUUUACCCAUAAUACGGUUUUGAUCCUCUUGAACACAGCCAAUGGCGUACGUCAGAAAGCACGAGGAUCGUCACUCUUCCGUGACGCCAUCUGAUCUGACGUGAGACAAUAUGCAGCCGAUGUAUCAAAAACCACUGGGAACUCGGAAACAUCCUAUUUCCGACUGCAGUGCAUUCAAACAACUGAGAACUCGGAAAAAACGAGCUCCAACAUGGAAAAAUCGUUUUGAACGGUAAUCCCACUCGGAAUUCCAUGUCGGCAAUUCAGGGCUCUUUCUAGAGCGCAGACUUUGCGACCUGAAGGUCACUGACGUCAUGAUUUUACCUCGAAUUUCCCAGAUGUAAUGAAAGCACAAAAAUGUACAGUACAUUAUGGGUUUGAACCUCUCGAACACGUGCUUACAUCGACCUGUGUGUCAAGAUUUUGAUUGUAUGACUUAAUUUGCCUUUUUAUUUAUGUUUUAUUUUGAUUGUAUGACAAACAUUUUUGAAAAAAAGGGCAUUUUAAGUUAUACAAUGAAAAUGUAACUAUGAGUUAAUAAACAACGCCAUAAAUCGUUGUACAUAUCGCAAAGCAAAAUAUUGACCUACUGUGCGUGCGUUACCGUUCCCAUGGUAACUUGGACGCGAAAAUAGUUGGAAGCUGACUGAUAUCCCACCAAGAGAAAAUGCCAUCCAAGGAUGCAAAGUCUGCCCAAAAGAAAGGAAGCAAGCUCAGUAAGGCUGAAAAGGAGCAACUUCAGAAAGAGGAGGAUCAGAGAAGACAAAAGGAAGAGGAGGAGGCUCGACUCCUGGCUGAGAAGGAUGAGCAAGAGAGGCUGGAGAGAGAGAGAAAGGAGCAUGAGGAACAUCAGAGACUGGAGCUAAAGGACAAAGAUCGCAGAGAGGAUGAGCUUAACGAACUGCGUCAUCUACUGGAAGAGAACCAGACUGCAGUCACCAAGUGGGAGACUGACUCCAGAGCGAAAGCCAAGUGGGACAGGUACAUGCGUUGUGACGGGAGUCCAGACCCGUCAGUCCAGCAGGAGAUCAACACCUUCAUCAACCUGUGGUGCGAGGACCCAGAGGUCCAGAUCAAACCGGUUCUAAAGGAGUGUGCCCUGGCUUUACAGCUGCUAGACGAGCUGGAGGGUAUGCUGAGGGACCAGCCUGAAGCAGCGGAUGCCGUGAGAUACCAGGAGACCCUGCUCUCCAUCCAGACUCUCAUCCAAUCCAAACUUGACCACAGCACUGAGGAGAUACUCAAGUGGGCCAACGCUCACUCAGACAUUGAGACGGGGAACAUGCAGACAGUGGUCCAGGAUGACAUCAUCACACUGUGUCUGUGGGCUAACCUUAACAAGAACCCAAGGUUUAAAGGGUUCCAGUUCGAGGAGGUGGGGCUGGGCUUUGAGCUGCCCAAACAGCUGGCAGUCAGUGACGUCGCUGUGAGAAUCCUCCACACCCACUACGACCACUUGUCUCACCGGGCCAACCUGAAAAGCCAGAACCCCAGCAGGAUGUCCCUAGGCCUGGGGGCCAGGGAGGAACCUCUUCUGGAGGGAGAGACCCCUGUGGGGGAGUGUGAGGAUACGGAGGGAGAUGGUGACAGGAGAGGGAGCACACAGCAGGGAGGUGCAGAGGAAGAGGUGCAGUCUGUCAGAGGGUCUGAAGGCAGGAAGAGUGCGGUGAGUGUGAUAUCUAUGAAGGAGGAGAGGAGGAGUGGUCAGAAGCAGCUGGAGGAUGCGAAACAGAAGCUGGAGGAGAAUGGGAGUCAGAUAGAUACAAUGUUAGAGGGAGAUGACUCAGGUGAGGGAGACUCCGCCCCUACCCCGAUGGACCCAGUGAUUGACAGCUAUGAGGGUCAGGUGGUUGACCUGCAGCAGUACACGCCCCUGGGAGGAGUCUUCUACUGCGAUGUCUUCCGUCUGCCGCCACAGUCCCAACAACUCAAUGGAUGGGAGAUGAGAGAGCUGUUAGACACAGGGCUGCAGCCGUUCCCCUACCCCACAGAGCAGACUCAGAUCCAGGGCUCUGCCUCCAUGAAGCUGGAGGACAGUGGGGUCCUGACCUGUCCCCCUGUAGGGGUCACAGUCACCCUGCCUGACUCUGUCCUGAUCCUGGAGGACCCCCAGGUGGCCCGCUGGGACCCUGAAGGUCAGCACUGGAAAACCGACUGCAUCAGUGAGACGUCGUACGACCAGGCAGAGCGGAAGAUCUCGUUCAAGAUGGACUCGUUCUACGCCUUCACGCUUCUACAGGACUCAUAUGCCAACAUGCCGUUCCAGAGCUGGGAGCUCAGACCACUGGGCCAGGACUCUGCCCUGCUCACCAUCACCGCAGCCCUCACUGAAGUCAGUAUCACCAUCAAGGGCAGCAAGUGUAUGCUCCAGUCAGACCAGGAGAGAGGACUGAACCACAUCCUGGGCCAGUGGAUGAGUCCCUCUGUACUGCAGAAAGCCAUGGUCAGCGCCGGGGUCAACAUCUUCGUCAACCAAUACUCCGACAAAUAUGUCAGCGUAAACGCAAAGGACCCUCUGAUAGAAAACGCUGUGUAUGAACAGAUGGCCCUGCUCUCCUCUGCCUUCGCCUUCUCCUGGAGCCAGUGGAACACGCAGUGUGGCCACGAGUAUCUGGUGCUGCAGGUGUGUGAGCACCUAGACCCAGUCCCGGUCCGAGAGGACUCGUGGUGUGUGUACCUGCUGGGGGCCCAGAGGAGCCAAAAGCUGAGGAUUAAGGAACACAGUGAGGCGUUCUCUCCAGAGCUGGACCCCGGCAGCGAGUUCCACUCCACCUUCCUGCACAUGCUCCGAGACGGCAUGUCCCCCGCCGGACAGGAACGACGCUCUCACCACCUGUUCAUCGAGGCCGUGCACAGACUGCUGCGUGUUACACGGCCUCUCACAUACUCCUGACUACAAUAGAUACUAGACCCCCAAGCUCUAUGUAGGAGUAGCCAACAACCACAGAUCUAGGAUCAGAUUGAACUAUUCCCGAUGAUAAACUUUAACCAUUAGGGGGAAUAUGUGUAUCAGGUAGGUUAGCGGCUACUUCAACCUACUCUGUGCGAAACAUCGUGGGUAUGACAGACUGCUCACUGUGAACUUUAUCCCUUACAACAGAUGGACCCUUAUGUAAAACCAGUUUAUUUCUGUAGAAUAAAGUUCCUUUAUUGUGUAAA